AUGAUGCAGUGUAGUCUCCUGUUGUUGGCGCUGUUUGCCUUGGUCGACAAGGCCAGUGGCGAUUCAGUGGCAUUGCUUUACAGAACAUCUGAGAGGAAAGCUGACUGCGAAGAUCCUGAUGAUUUUCUGACAACCACAUCCAUCGAAGCUUUCCGCUUGGCUGGUCUUAUGGUCUCUGAAAAUACGCAAAAUUGGGAGGAAGACAGGAGCGUGCCUGGAGGCGAAUUUGGACCUUUAAACAGCAAUCGCCACAAUGGUAACGGCCAUCGUGCCCUCGCGGGAACAGAAGAUUUUGAGGAUGGAGAAUUGGAAGACGAAGUGGAGAUGUAUGGAGACUUUUUGGAUGUGAUGAAUGGGGCUUCUCCAGGCCACCGACGAUUGUGCGAUAAAGAUUGCAGGCGUCUUUGCAUUUCCUCCAGUUAUAGCUUUGCGGCAGCCUGCGCAUGCUGCAGCUGCUGUGGUGGGCGCCGCAGGUCCUUGUUUGGAUACCUACGAAAUUUGAUCCAAGAUGAUGCUGGGCUGGUGGCCUAUAAUGCUGCUCGCAUUGCCGUUGGAUUGCUUGAAACAGAAGCGGAAAAGGGUGCUGAUUCCAAGGUUCCUGCCUGUUUGGAUCCAGUUUUCCAUGUGGAGGCAGUUAUCCAAGACGACGUUUCCGAUGACGCGCAACAUCAAGGCAGAGGAAUUUCCAACGAAAAGACCUUUGUGGCCAGCAGAGAGAGGAAAGGACGCAAGCCUCUAAGGCAUGGUCGUCCUACCUCCGAUGAGAAUGGUGAGGAUGGACGUGCUUAG